AUGACUUCGCCAGAAGCGCUGUCCAGAAGGGGAAGACUUGGUGCGAGAAAGUCCAAUACUGGGUGCAUCACAUGUAAAAUUAGAAAGGUGAAAUGCGAUGAGCGGCACCCUGCCUGCCAAAGGUGCCUGGCAACAGGGAGAAAAUGUGAUGGCUAUAUCCACAAUGGAAACAUCGGGAGAACUCCGUUGAGCACAAACAGUACAAUGGUGCACCCAGCACGUCCUACGACAUAUGCGAACUUGGACCGUGUCGAACUACAGUCCUUUGAAUUCUUCAUGCGCCGAUUUGUUCCUAGUUCGACCAGAAUUGUGGAUGGACAAUUCUGGCAUCAGCUUGUCCCUCAGAUCAGUCACUCAGAUCCCGUUAUCUGGGAUGCUGUCAUUGCUCUAUCAUGCCUGACACAGCAUCCUCAAUAUUCUCGCGCAUUUACAUUGCCUGAUCGCAAGAAACCACCGAUAGUAAACGAAGAACAUCGCAGGGCGUUGACGUGGUAUGGCAGGUCUAUGGCAGGUCUGAGGAAGCGUAUAGAGCAAACAACAGCUCAGUCGGCAAGUGCUGUUAUAUCCUGCAUUCUAUACAUUUGCAUAGAGUGUCUGCAAGACAACGUGGCUGAGGCUACCGCGCUUUGGCAACGAGCAAUUGAGAUGAUGCGAUCAACUGCUGGUGGACAGGUUGCAAAAUGGCCUGCAACGCAGCUUGAGAGGUCUCUCGCAAGGGGGGUACGAGAUUUGUUGCAGAACAUGGCGGCAUCGCAGAGAAUUCGUACCCAAUGGGAAAGAAAGUCUGACAAAUCCAACACACCCUUUCAGACGCUUCCUGAUGCUAGAGAUGAGCUUUUUGUUCUGCUCUUCGAAUCCCACGAUUUCAUUGUGGACGUUAUGAAAAUCAUCAUCUCCCAAGGGAAAGACUGGACACCUCCAUCAGAAUUGAGUUUUCGCCAGCAAUCUCUUCAGUCAAAAUUUUUACGGUGGCAUGAAGCACUUGAAACCAUGAUGAUGAAGCCUGAAUUGGAGUGUGCCCAGGAUGACAGCCACGAAGAUGAGCAUUACUCGGUGCUUUUAGUGACGUACGGCCAAUACUUCAUUACUGUGUGCACCAUCUUAAACAUGUAUGAAACGGCAUUCGACAAUUUCCUUCCAAUGUUCCAAUCUAUGGUCGACCACGCUGGUCAUGUUGUAGCUGCGGGAAGCAAAGAAACGCGUCCAGUGUUUAUCUUCGAGACUCGAGUCAUCCCUCAACUAUUCUUUGUGGCGACAAAAUGCCGGCACCCAGUUGUUCGUCGACAAGCCAUAUCUUUACUGCGUACCGGAGCCGAGGUUGAGAAUACAUGGAAAGCUGAUACGUUGGCUGAUAUCGCCGAACGUGUGGUAGGCACUGAGGAGUCAGGCAGCAUUGACGGUGUCUUUUGCCCAGAACCCUCUACGAUGGAGCUCCCACCCGAAGACCAUCGAAUGUGUCGAGAUAGAAUCAUCGAGCUCCCGGGUCCUGAUGGGCAGCCAACUAAUUUUCACCAUUUUGAAACAUGGAAGCAAGGCGAGAAUCAGAUGUGGUGCUUAGUGAAGCACCUAGUAAAAGUGUAG